AUGUCGAAGCAAGCGAGUGGUAGCACUGGCGGGAGCAGUCAUAGCAAACGCAAGCGCGAUGCAAGUCACGAGCGCAAAGCGCCGCUGGGCAAAGCUCGUCAGGAACAUAUGGAGGAAGAGUUUGCCGCCACGUACCACGGCCUGACGGCGCUGUACAAGUUGCUGGAGGUGCAGCACCUGCAGAGUCCGUUGUUCCUGCCCCGGACGUUGAGUUAUCGCUUGGACCCGGCGUGGCAGCAGAAUGAAAAGCAGGAGGUGGAUGAAGCAAAGGACGCAAGGGAGAAGGAGACGCUCAAGCAGCCGAAGCAACGGCAGGUCGUGACGGCGCCGGCUGGCGCGACGUUGACUGCGUUCAAGAUUGGCAUGACGUCCGAGACGAUGGAAGCGUUUCAGAGCAAGACACAGCGUGUGGGAGUCCUGAUCUCGCUGUUUCAAGCACGUGGGAAGCUGUUUGGUGCCAACGAGUUCAAGCUGCUGGCGGCGUGCUUGAUCCCCGUGCCGUUUACGAAGAACGUGGUGCUCCCCGCAGAGGUGCUGAGUCUAGGUGCCGACAUCACUGUCAUGGUCUUCCACGUCGUAGAGAUUCGAGAGGGUGAUGAGGCUGUGACGAGUCAGUCGUCCUUCACUUUCGCCACGCCUUCUACAGCCACUUGUCUGAGUGGAAAAGAGCUGCUGGCUACGGGGAUUGAUGGCCGGAAGCCUCUGUUUGGCAACCUGUUGAGACUAAAUCUGUCGAGACGUCGUGUGGGUCUUGUGACUGUCGAGUUGCCAGCAAUCGCGUCUUCGGUGCAUGGAGGUGUCAAGUGCGAGUUUCGUAUCGUGUGGGAUCGUUUGCCACAGACGAAACAGAUGCAGCGUCUGGAAAACGUUUGUAACGCGAAGUUCUGGAAGGAGGACGACGGACAGCAGUCUGACGAGAGCUUUCUGCUGGCAGUUCCUAAGCGAGACGUCUCAACUGCUGCUCGCAAACCAUGUGCGGGGGUGUGGUUUCACUUCCUCUACCAUUUCAUGCUACGCCGAAUGAGCGAGAAGCGAUCGGAGUACUCGUGCGCGUGGUGUAACAUGUUUGCUGGGUCGCUGCGUGGGCUCGUGGCCCAUUUGGUAUCCUCCCACGACCGGUUUCGUUUCCAAGCCACAGUCGGACACGAUAACAUCCCACACAUUUAUGUGAUGGUCAUGCAAGAACACCAUUCCGGUAAAAGCAGCUCUGAAGUUCGAUCGGCUUUUUCUGAGCUUGUUAUGUCUCCUAACGAGGAGCCGAGCCGGUUUGAGCACCAUUUCGUGCACAUGUCGGGAAAGAAGUAUGGCCCCUCUGGCUCCCAGGCCGUGGAAGCCGUCGAAGGUUUGAUGCAAGAGUUUGAUGAGCUGGAUGAGCUUUCGCAAGAGCAUCCGCAGGAGUUCUACGCGCCGCUUCUGCAGCGUCAGUACUUUCACUCGCGAACAGGUGCGGUGGUUUUGGACCACGAAAAGGAUUAUGAUAGCGACGACGACGUGGAUGAGACGUGGAUUACGAAACAAAGCGAGCGGCUGUUGGACGAGUUUGAAGACGUCUCGCUGGAAGAGAAGGAGUUUAUGAAGAAGUGGAACCGCCACGUGAAGGAGUUCAAAAUUCUAGCAGACUUCAUGGUAGCGUCGUCGUGCCGCAUGUUCGCCAGGAAAUACGGAAAAUGGCUCUCGGAUCACGGUCUGCGCCACAACUUUUUGCUCCAUUUGCUUAACUUAUGGGACAACUCGCUGCUGAAUUCGCGCGCAAUCAUUGACUGCAUGCUGAUCGUUGAUCAAAACGAGGAAACGGAGACGGCGACGGACAACGAGUCGAAAGUCGAGGCCUCGGCGAACGGGGAGAAGGCCCAACAGGCGGGAGUAGAGGCUUAG